AGAGAUUUUGAUUGGCUAUGAGGUGACCAAUAGAAAGCUGUGAUCGGCAGUGUAAGCAGCGUUGCAGAAUGUUUGGAAAACUUCUUAUGUCGCUUUUUCUCGUUAUUAUUUUUUACCAUGAUCCUGCUGACGCACAGAAGAAAAAAGAGACUCUGCUGUCAGAGAAGUUGACUCAGAUGAUGGAGUGGGCUUCCAAGCGUUCAGUUAUCAGGAUGAACGCAGAUAAGUUUCGUCGCUUUGUCAAGGCUCCUCCCAGAAACUACUCUGUUGUCGUCAUGUUUACGGCACUGCAGCCACAGAGACAGUGUGGGGUCUGCAGACAAGCUGAUGAGGAGUUUCAGGUGCUGGCUAACUCCUGGCGUUAUUCCUCUGCCUUUACUAACAAAGUCUUCUUUGCAUCUGUUGAUUUUGAUGAAGGAUCUGAUGUCUUUCAGAUGCUUAGUAUGAAUUCUGCUCCGACAUUUCUUCACUUCCCACCCAAAGGAAAACCGCACAGGUCUGAUACCUACGAGCUGCAGGUUAGAGGCUUUGCAGCAGAGCAGCUGGCUAGAUGGGUUGCAGACAGAACUGAUGUACAGAUCCGUGUAAUUCGUCCUCCAAACUAUGCAGGGCCACUCCUGCUGGGCUUCCUCCUGGCUGUUAUUGGAGGACUGGCAUAUCUGCGAAGACACAAUUUGGAGUUUCUCUUUAACAAGAAUGUCUGGGCCUUCUCUGCACUGUGCUUUGUCCUGAUUAUGACUUCAGGCCAGAUGUGGAACCACAUUCGAGGACCACCUUAUGCCCAUAAGAACCCCAGCACCGGACAAGUUAGUUACAUCCAUGGCAGCAGUCAGGCCCAGUUUGUGGCUGAGACACACAUCGUCCUACUCUUUAAUGCUGCUGUUACCAUGGGAAUGGUGCUGCUGUGUGAAGCCGCUACCUCUGACAUGGACAUUGGAAAAAGGAAAAUUAUGUGUGUAGCAGGUAUUGGUCUGGUGAUGCUGUUCUUUAGCUGGCUGCUCUCCAUUUUCAGAGCAAAGUACCAUGGAUACCCAUACAGCUUCCUGAUGGGUUAGAGUUGACCCCACCAACUCCAACGCAAGUGUCAACAGGAAGUUACCCAAAGUGCUGUCAACAAGAGGUGUGCUGUCCAAGACAAUGCCACAUUUCUGUUAAACGGCUGUCUGCUAAGCCAUGGCUUGUCUUCUAAUCUGUUCACUUUUGUUGAGCCAAAAGUGUUUCCCCACACACACUCUGUGCCUUUAUAAAGACUAUAAAGCAAACGACAGCCAUCACUAGUAUGCAUUCUGAACUGUAUUGUGCCAAAAUGUAUUUUCUUUAUUCCAAUUUAGGAAGUUUUGUAGUGGACUCCUAGUGAACACAAAUUUCAGUCUGAAUCUUUAUUUUUUAAAUAGGCCAUUAAAUCUGGUAUAUUUGUUUGUUGAUGAAUUUGAACCAGGGUAUGACAUUUUGAAGAACAAAGUGAAACGUUCCGGCAUCCAGAGUUUCUGGAAAUAAGUAAUUUUAGUAACAUCUUAUAUGGGUCUUGUAAUAUCUUAAUAAUGUCCUACGAAGUUUUCUGUAAAGAACAAUACAAUUUGGCACUAAAUGUAGGGAAACCUUUCUGUAAUAGGCUACUACUAGUAUCCACUCAACAGAUUUAAAAAGGUCCUCUAAACAUAGAAAAACAAUAUGCUUGGCCAGAGUUGAAAAUAAAUUGUUGAUUGCACAUAACGAUUUACACCCAAUUAAAUAUGUGUUUAUUACUGGAAAAUGUUUCUCCAUAUUUGUUAAAUUGUAUACUUGCCUUUGAUUAUCCCAUCACAGACAAACCCACAUUUUUAAAUUUUCAGCUGUGCUUUGUACAUGACAAGGUUAUACCAGACAUUGACAAGGUUUUACCAGACACACACUAGAUCAUAUACCGGUAUACCAAUUGAACACUAUACAUUUUUCUAUUGUUCAAUAGGUCCAAAUGAUUUUUUUUCUAGGACCCUUUUUAGGUAUUUACAGUUCAGUUUGUUUCUUGGCAGUGAUUGGUUAGUUACAUCACUGCAACGUGACACAAGUAAGGAAAAGAAAUAAGACACGGUUCUAUUUUCCACUUGAAAGCAGGAGUUACUUUCACUUAAAUAUUCUCAUUCACGAAUUAAGCAUUAUUACUAUUAAAUACACUAUUGUGUGCUUGGUUGAUUUAACUGUGAAAUUAGUCCCCGGGCCGAAAAUUAACUGAUUAGUCCUCAUUAACACCCAUUGCUUUUAACUGAAAUAUGCAGUGUAAACCAGAAUUUGUGUUAGAUCUAAUACCAUAUUGGCUUUAAUUUGUCAGAAUACUUUGUUUCCACACAUCCAACCAAAUGGCCUUUAUUUUAAUAUAUAAUUUUUAUAAAGUAGUAAUGUCAGUUUACAUGACACAAGAGCCCUUGGAACAACUACAAUAGCUUUCUUGUUCAAGUUUGUUCUAAUCUUAUUUGCCAACUUGAACACCUCUUGUCCUGCGAGCCAACUAAAACACUGGGGGCAAUGCAGUUUGAAGGUAUUUAGACCAAUUUACCAAACCAAAGGUAU